UGCUCGGCAGAGGCGGGAGAGACGGUGAGGGAGAGAGAGGGAGAGGUCUGUGGCCGUGCGAUGGCGGUGGAAGCCGAGGCCCAGCGGUGACCGGCGCACAGCAGAAGGUCCGGGGUGAGAAAGAGAUGCCGCAAUGGAGGUGCCAGCUGUGCCUUUGCCAAGCGCGUUGGCAGCAGGCACAGCACCGGAGUUGGAGGCGCUGUUCGGAGAGAGCAGCAAUGUGGCCGCUACCUUCUUACAGAUCGAGCUGGACUUGAACUUGCGCCUGAAGGAACUCAGCUUCACUGACCCAGUGCGAUACAUCUACAACCCACUCGAGUAUGCCUGGGACCCCCACCAAUGCUAUGUGAAUAAGUACUGCCAGGCCAGGAAGGAGGUGCUCUUCCUGGGGAUGAACCCGGGACCGUUCGGGAUGGCUCAGACCGGGGUACCGUUUGGCGAAGUGAAGCACGUGCGGGAGUGGUUGGGGGUGAACGGGCUGGUGGGGAGGCCGGCGGUGGAGCACCCCAAGAGGCCGGUGCGGGGGCUGGAUUGCCCCCAGAGCGAGGUGAGCGGCGCCCGUUUCUGGGGCUUCUUCAAGUCACUGUGUGGGGAGCCCGAUGUCUUCUUCCGCCACUGCUUCGUCCACAACCACUGCCCACUGGUCUUCAUGGGUGAGACGGGCAGGAACCUGACCCCCGGCGAGCUGCCCGCCGCCCAGAGGGAGCAGCUCCUGCGGAUGUGUGACCAGGCGCUGUGCCAGUCAGUGCGGGCGUUGGGGGUCAGGACGGUGGUGGGGGUGGGGAAGUUUGCCGAGCAGCGCGCCCGGCGAGCACUGAACGCCGAGGGGGUUGAGGUGCGGGUGGAGGGGGUGAUGCACCCCUCACCCAGGAACCCACAGGCCAACAGAGCCUGGCAAAGCAUCGUCACCGCCAAGCUGGAGCAACUGCAGAUCAUGCCUCUCCUGAAGGGCGGAAAGCCUAGCCCUCUCCUGACGGAACCUUCUGGGGCCCAUUCACUGGCGUGUGUCGGACUUGUACCUUAACGCUGGGGCUUACGAUAGCCGUGCCCACAACUGGGGCUUCUAAAGUCGUGUUUCGAGGAGCCAGACAUCUUCGUAAUCGCCUCCUCCUCUUCCCUUCCUCUCCCAUUGUUUAAGAGCUCAGGGGCGCUGUGUAAAUGCAAGCUGUUGUUGUCGGCAUGGAUCGAAUGCCAGUAAUUGUGCCCUUGUGUGUGAUGUUCUGAGCACUGGCCCCGCCAGGAAGCCAGAAAUACCACUUAGUCUUAGCCCCAGUAUCGCCCUCGCCUCUGGGGGUCAGGAGGUUGUGGGUUCGAGCCCCAUGUUUGAGCUCAGUCUAGGCUGACCCUCCAGUGCAAUGGGGGGGGGGAGAGCGCUACUGUGUCAGAGGUGCUGUGGUCCAAGCGAGACAGUUAACUGAGGUCCUAUCUGCCUACAGGCAGCGGGUUUGUACACACACUCCCACCACCAAACAAUACACUACAAAUGAUUAACGGCUGGGUGGUGGGGGGGGUGUGCGGUAACGUGCGUGCGUAUGCGCGUGUGCGUGCGAGAGAGGUGCUGUCUUGUUCUGAGGCCUGGGCUGAGGUGUGCGUGGCAGUGAUGGGGUUAACGCUCUCGCUGUGCUCCCCAUGUCAGUGCUUUCACGCAACAUUAGCCGGGUAACCACGUGUGGCCACACAGAUGUUUGCGUGUGUUAAAUAUGUAAAUGCUCUCUGCGCUGCGGAUCCCAUUGCCCUCGCAGGCUGUGUAAGGCUUUAAUCUUCUGUCAGCCGAGCACGGCAGAGAGGAUUUGCUUCCAAACAAAGCGCUUCCAGCUCCCCAGAUGGCGGGCAAAGGCAAGUCGCAGCCCUGGACAUAAGCCCAAGAAGGCGGCGGGGCAGGCCUCAAUCAGGAGUGGGGAACAAGGGACAGAAAGGGUUAACGCUGGUGGAAACCCCGAACACUAACCCACAUUAAGCUUGGCAUUUAAUCGCCACCGAGUUACCACCUCCAGCCUCACUGCCCCCACCCUUUGGAGCUCCAUCCCGCAGUCCUUUCGUCUC